GACUAUAAACUAUCAUUGUAAUGGAAAGCAGUGAAGAUUCUUUAAAAACCUCUCGUUUUGUGUUCCACGGAAAACAGGUUUUGAAGGCGACUAGAUGUUCUGAACAAUCCCUUUAAAUAGAAAACCUGACGUGGAUGAGUGAGACACGAGUGAGUCACAGAACCAAGAGGUAUAAAUGACGUGUAGCAGAGGUAAUGAUGCCCACCCACCCCAAAUCACGUUCACACAUCCCGGACGCUUCCAUCUGUUCCUCCACUGACACCAAACAUUCCUCUACCUUCAACAAAACAAAUGUCUGACCCCUGAGUGCGUCCAAGAUUCACAGUUGUCUUUUUCAGUCUGUGACAGCUGGCCGAUGCUCUGCUUUCUCCCGUGUGGUCAGUCCGAAUUCUUUCUGACACUACGGAGGGUCUAAAUUUAGAGGGACGAGUUUAAAUCGCAGAGGUCUUGCGUUGGGCUCUAUAUUACUUCAGCAGAGACGAGAGGACGGAACACAUCUCCGAGAAGCUCUGCGAUGGACCCUUUGGCUUUGAAAGAGGACCUGAAGCUCUUUCAGAGCACUCUUCUCCAGGACGGUCUGAAGGAUCUUCUGAAGGAGAAUAAAUUUGUUGACUGUGUUCUGAAGGUCGGUGAUAGGAGUCUUCCCUGUCACAGGCUCAUCAUGGCCGCUUGUAGCCCGUAUUUCAGAGAGAUUUACUUCUCAGAAGACGGAUCUGAGAAGAAGGACUCCAGCAAAGAAGUGGUGUUAGAGGACGUGGACCCGGCCGUCAUGGAUGUGGUGGUAAAUUAUCUGUAUUCUGCUGAGAUCGAGAUCACGGACGAGAACGUGCAAGACGUCUUCGCAGUCGCCAACAGAUUUCAGAUACCAUCCGUGUUCACCGUCUGUGUGAACUAUCUACAAAACAAGUUAUCCGUGGGGAGCUGCUUGGCCAUCUUCAGAAUGGGACUGGUCCUGAACUGCCCGAGACUCGCCAUCUCCGCCAGGGACUUCAUAGCGGAACGCUUCGAGACUUUAGCCAACGAGGAGGAGUUUCUCGACUUCGAUGCCCCUGAACUCUUUGCCAUCAUCGGGUGUGACGCUCUCAACGUGGAAAAAGAAGAACCCGUGUUCGAGCUAGUGAUGAAAUGGGUCCGGAAGAACAAGGAGAACCGCUCGAAAGAUUUGGUCGAUGCCUUCGACCACAUCCGAUUCCGCCUGCUGCCAGAGAAAUAUUUCAAGGAGAAAGUAGAAAAGGAUGACAUCAUAAAGGCCGACCCUGAGCUGGUGAAGAAGCUGAAGGUCAUUGAGGACGCGUUCGCCGGAAAACUUCCACAAGCUGAAGAGAAAGCAGAAGAUGGAGAAGACGUGCUGCCUGCCGGGUAUCUGAAUGACAACAGAAGAUUGGGGAUGUACUCCAGAGAUCUCAUCCUGAUGUUAAAUGACACUGCGGCUGUGGCCUAUGAUGCUGAUGAAAACGAAUGUUUCCUAGCAGCGAUAGCGGAGCAGAUACCUCGAAAUCACGUCAGCAUCACGUCAAAGAAGAACGUUCUGUACGUCGCUGGAGGAUUGUUCGUGGACGAAGAAAACAAGGAGUCGCCGUUGCAGUGCUACUUCUUUCAGUUGGACAAACACUCUCCAAACUGGAUCGCUCUUCCUGCGAUGCCGUCACCCAGAUGUCUGUUCGCUAUGGGAGAGUUUGAUCAUCUCUUGUUUGCGGUCGCUGGUAAAGAUCUGCAAAGCAACGAAUCUCUCGACUCAGUGCUGUGUUACGAUACAGAAAAGAUGAAAUGGCUGGAGACCAAAAAACUUCCCUUGAAGAUUCACGGUCACUGUGCCAUCUCACAGAACGGACUCGUUUACUGUAUAGGAGGAAAGACUGACGAAAAUAAAACCAUCAACAAGAUGUUUGCAUACAACCACAAGAAGUCUGAAUGGAAAGAGCUGGCGGCCAUGAAGACAUCGAGAUCAAUGUUUGGGGCUGUGGUCCACAAAGGAAAGAUUGUUGUUGUUGGAGGAGUGAAUGAAGACGGCCUUUUAUCUUCCUGUGAAGCCUAUGACUUUGAAACAAACAAAUGGGAGACGUUCGCUGAGUUCCCUCAGGAGAGAAGUUCUGUGAAUGUGUUGAGCGCCAGCGGUGUGCUGUAUGUUCUGGGCGGAUUCACCAUCAAAGAGAACGAGAAUAAAGAAUGUGUUCCUUCAGAAAUCACAGACAUCUGGCAGUAUGAAGAAGACAAGAAACAGUGGGUCGGGAUGUUAAGAGAGAUGCGAUACGCUGCUGGCGCUUCAUGCGUUUCUAUCAGACUCAAUCCAGCGAAGAUGCCCAAACUUUAAUAAGAGUUAAACCUCUUUUCUCAAUGUGUCUUUAUUUUGUAUUUGAUCGAAGCAUAAACUGACUCGACGUGAAAUCAAAACAGAUCUGAUCAUUUUUCAAAAAAUAUUUGUCUUUAUAAUCUUUUAAGUAAA